CCCUCAACCCGGAACAUUCAUUAUGGCUGGUGGAAGUCAUCCUUCAGGUUUUAAUCCUCAUCUUCCCGGGUUCAGAUACCAGUUCCUUGCGAAAGCACUUGGAGCCACUAUGUGGUUCUUCAUUUUAUAUCGGGCCCGUGAGGACGGACCUAAGCUUCUUGGCCUCCGGCAUCCAUGGGAGGGCCAUGGUCAUGGCCACCACGACGAGCACUCAGAGCAUCAUUGACCAUCUCGAUAGAAAUGUUGUAAUCUUUUGGGUAUUCACUGAUAUAUCCGCAUUUUGUUUGCACCAUAGGAUUGAAUUGGCCUCAAAAUGAACUUUCAUUAUCUAUCGUCCUCGCUGCCAACAAUCGAUGACCACUAGAAGCGAAUCCAUUAUUCGUGCUCCGAGCUCUUGACCCCCAAGUGUCUCGCGCCGAGAUCUAUAUCUUAAACCCAAUCUCUCGCCGAUCCUUUCGCCCCAUGGUUCAUGAGCAGGGAAAUAAUUCAGAUAGCUGUCAACGCUUCAUGUUUGCAAGAACAUAUACUAAUGGGAAUCCAUACCAAAGCCAAUCAAGUGCACAGUCUGAGGACUUGCAUAUGAAUAUUGACUCGUGUGUAAGGUGUUC